UGGACCGAACUAUUGUCUAUCAAUACGGGCUUGAUUUUUGGCCCGCUGAGUCGACUCGCGAGUAUUAUAUCCUACAUAAGAAGUUGCCGCCCGUAUUGAUAGAGAGGAUUGGUUUCAUCAAAUUUAGGGUUUCAUUUUUCAUUUUCCAUGUUCCCUUCAAUAUCUUCCCCAAUUCUUUCUGAAAAUCCGCCAAUUUAGGGUUUUUUUCGCGGUGUCAGCUCCUUUUUCAUCUAGGGUUUCUCUCGUACUAUUAUUGCUGUAAUUUUCUUUCAAUUAUGAUUAUAUUUUAUCAAUUCUCCUGCCUUUUUGUUCAUUCAAUUUCUCAAAAUCUCCGUGCUUUUGGUCCUGGUUUGAAUCCUGUUGCACCUUACGGCAUGGGCAACCAUUCUUUUGGUUCCCGUUAAAUUUCUUUUUUUCAUUUUGAAAUUUGAUAUUUUAGUUUCGUUGUCUGAAGAAAAUAUUGUCUUCUGUUUUCUCGGAUUGUUUAGUUUGUACCGUUUUUUUUCUUUUUUUUUCUUUUUGCUGAAACUAAAGCUUGGUUUAUAAGACCCUGGAUGGAAAUGAUGCUGAGUGAACCGCUAGAUCGUUCACUUCGGCGAAACUUGUCGUUUAGACGUUCUUUUAAAUCUGCUGUUGGUAGGGAUGAUAGAGGUUGGACUUUGCUUCACAUUGGUGCUCGAAAAGGUGAUCUAAAGGAGUCUCCUCGUAUCUUUCUUCUUCCUUGUAUUAACUGGGGUAUUUGGGAACCAGCUGUUGUUCUUAAUGGGGAUUGGAUAUACAAAUCCAACAUAUGCUGCUGUUGUUCAACCUGCAAUCCCUGUGUUUACUUUUGUUUUAGUAGCUUUCAUGGGCACCGAAAAAGUGAAUCUGAUGAAAAUUGGAGGUCAACUCAAGGUUGGGGGCACAAUAGUAUGUGUUUCUGGAGCUAUACUAAUGGUUUUGUUCAAGGGACCAUCUAUAUUUGGAGAGGAUGUCACUGAAUUGUUGCACGGAGCAGCGACGGCGAAUGAUUUAAUUGCCGGGGCACAACCAGAACCUGCUGGAGGGUUGAUUUCGGGUUUGUUGGGUAUUGGUCUUACCAAGUUUCACAUUGGGAUGCUCUGCUUGAUUGGGAACUGCUUUUGUAUGGCUGUUUAUCUAUCCUUCCAGAAUUUCCUGAAUGACGAGAACACAGAAUGGAACAGGAGAGUGGAUGGAGACAUCUGUUGUAUACUUGAGAGCAGCAGGUGGUAUUCGCGUUCAAUUGGGGGAGGCAUUUCUAUGGGAAUUCGAAUAGGAGGAAGAUAAGAAGUUUUGGAGGUAAUUAAAGGAGAUCUGUGGCAUGAAAAUAAAUGGGUUCUUGCAUUUGAAUGAACAUGGAAUUUGGUGUUUGUGUGGUGAAAAUUGUGUUAGAAGGCAGCAGAGAAGUGAGAGUUUUGUGGUUAUGUUGAUGAAUAAGAAGAUGGGUUGCUCUAAUUGAGUUUGAAACCAUAAGACUUGUUGAUUUCAGAAGGAUGUUUGAUUGAUUGUUAGUGCAGAGAAAGAUAGCGUUCGCUGCAGAAAGGGUGGUUCAUGUCGAAUACAAGCUGAGAAAGGGGUUUCAAUUGUGGUUGUUAUGAAUUUAUUACAGAAUUAGAGUGAAAUGGUUGUUGUGGAGGUUGAGAUCGAUGGGAUCUGUGUUGCGGAGGUUGAGAUUCAGAAGAGGUUGUGUAAUUUAAGAACCAAAAUUGAGACAGAGAUGAAGAAGUGGAAGUUGGGUUUCAAUUGAAUUGAGAGAUCGAAAAGGUGUUGGUUGUUUGACCUUGAAGUUAAGAGAAGGAUGUGCUGUAAGAGAGCUGUAAUGAUGUUGAUGUGAAAUAGGUGAUGGUAGAAUUGAUUUGAGUCCGUUGUUGUUGUUCCGAGCAGUAUCUGAGAGAGGGUUAUGUUGCUCAGAAAUGUGGAGAGCUGAUGGUUUGAGAGAGAGAAUGGUUGUUACAGAGGAGCUGGAGGCACUUGUGGAACUGGAGAGUGGUUGAGGUACUGUGUUAAUUGAAUGAGUGCAGUUUAUAGUGAAUUGGUGGGUAAGUUUGAUGGCUGAAGGGAUGAGCAGGUGGAGUUGUUGAUGCAGUGCUGCAGGAGUUGCUGCUGUGUGCAUCACCGAUUUCAGCUAAAAUUGCAGGUAUAUUGCAGCUGCAGGAAUUGAUAUUAAAAGGCUGGUUGAUGUUGGAGUUGUGCUGCAGAGAAGUCACAACCGGUGGUAAAUGGGUUUGUGUGUUGCGUCAGAGAAUGUCAGAUCUAAGAACAUGGAACAAGCAAGAAUUGGCUUUUGUUGUUACAGGAAAGUCUGUGGAGAAUAGUUGUCUUGUGUUAUUGAAUUGAGUAGGAAGACAGAGAUUAUCGUGCUGGGAUGGUCGAAAGAACAGAAGCAGUUGAAGUGCUGCAAUGUACAAGUAGUAGCAGGUGGUGUUGCUAGGUGUAGCUGGGAGAACAAAUGGUGCUAUGAGUCUGAGAUGGAAUUGCAGGGAGCAGGUGUUAGCAGUGAUGUUGCUAGGUGUAGCUGGGAGAACAAAUGACAGGGAAAUGGUCGUGAUUACAGUACAUACAUGGGUUGAACUGAAACCGUUCCCCGAUUUAAAUCAGUGACACGGACUCAAAUCAUCGAUUCAAAGGACUUCAAAGGAGGAAUUGAGCUAAAUGAAUGAUAUAACAUUAAAUCAGUGAUACAAAGGAUUUUUAGGUCUUUUUAGUUACACCUAACGGUGCUAACUUUCCAUCCAUCACUUUUGGUCAAAACUUGCCUACUCUAGCAAUAAAUAAAAAAAUAGCCUAGAUUUGAAAAGCACCAAAAAUAGAGGCCUAUUUUUAUAAAAAGUCCUAUUCUUUUUCUCUUGAAGCAUGCUUGUACAUUCUAUUUCUUGUAAACUAGAUUGUGGAAACCCGCAAUGUGCAUGCAAAGAUAAAAAUGUUGGCAGGGGUA